AUGGGGGUGAAGAACCUCUGGGACAUCCUCGACUCCUGCAAGAAGAAGCUCCCGCUCCAGCACCUCCAGAACAAGAAGGUGUGCGUGGAUCUUUCCUGCUGGCUCGUGCAGUUCUGCAGCGCCAACCGCUCCCCGGCCUUCCUCAGGGACAAGGUCUACCUCAAGAACCUCUUCCACCGCAUCCGAGCCCUCCUCGCCCUCAACUGCAGCCUCGUCUUUGUCUCAGAUGGGGCGAUUCCUUCAGUCAAAUUGGCUACUUAUAGGCGCCGCCUGGGAUUAAAUGCUGCUGAGGCUACUCGAGAGGAGGCCAACUCACAACCUCUGACUUCUUUGCGCCGGAACAAGAGCUCAGAGUUCUCACGCAUGAUCAAAGAAGCCAAGCAUCUCGGGUUGGCCCUUGGCAUCCCUUGCUUGGAUGGUGUGGAAGAAGCAGAGGCACAGUGUGCAUUGCUUAAUUUUGCCUCCUUGUGUGAUGGCUGUUUUACAUCGGAUUCAGAUUCAUUCCUGUUUGGUGCAAGGACAGUUUAUAGAGAUGUUUUCAUAGGAGAGGGUGGUUAUGUAAUUUGCUAUGAAAUGGAAGACAUUCAGAAGAAGCUUGGUUUCGGCAGGAACUCACUGAUAUCCCUUGCAGUUCUUCUUGGUAGUGACUAUUCUAAUGGAGUCCAUGGCUUUGGCCCGGAAUUAGCAUGCCGCCUUGUUAAGUCUGUGGGGGAUGAUGCCAUUCUUGAUCAAAUUUUGUCCGAUGGAGUUAAACCUACAAGAAAAUGUAAAGGAAAAAAUAGUGGCGCCAAUGCUGGGAGGGUUGGUGGAACGUGCCCAAAAGCAAGUACCUGUGAGGUUGGGAUUAACCAAGAUUCUGGUGGUCAAUUUCGUGACAUAAUAAAUGCAUAUCUGGAGCCAAAAUGUCAUUCGCCAGAUUCAGAAGCCGUGCAGAGGGCAUGCAGCCAGCAGCCAUUUCUUCGGUCACAGCUGCAACAGAUAUGUGAGCAAUACUUUGAGUGGAGCCCUGUGAAAACUGAUGAAUAUAUCCUUCCAAAGAUUGCUGAGAGAGAACUUCGAAGGUUUUCAAAUCUCCGCUCCACGUCUUCAGAUCUAGGAAUAAAACCUUCACUGGAUGAGAUGCCAGUGCCAUGCCCUGUACUGGCGAUUGUGAAGCAGCGAAAAGUUCAAGGAAAUGAAUAUUAUGAGGUUUCAUGGAGAAACAUAGAUGGGCUCCAAGUUUCAGUUGUUCCAGGGGAUCUUGUUAGAAGUGCUUGCCCAGAAAAAAUAACUGAUUUUUUGGAAAACAAGGAUGCUCAGAAGAAGCAAAAGAGGAGAGCUAGGCCAAAGAAAUCAGGUCAAGCUGCUGCUGCCGUAAAAGACGUGGAUGCGCAGCUCCAAGAAUUGCUACUUGAAAUUGAAUCUGAAAGCAGUACCUUUCCAUGUACAGCCAAUGGCCCUCAGACUCAGACAGCAGAUAUACAGAUGGUGGCACCGCUCCAGGAUUUUGUUGAUCUGUCUUCUCCAUCACCACCUGUACGAUCUUGUAAGAUUGCCAGAUCCAGAAAGUUCAGUGAUUCAGAUGCAGUAACCAUGGAUGGGAUUGAUCUGCAGCGCCCAAGUCUGUCGAUUGGAUCAAUGGAGUCAAAAAAAAAUACUGUUUUGUGCGACGUGAAGAAUUCAGCACUGGAUCAUGAGCCAAUUGAUCUGUCAUCACCCUCACCUUGCGCUGCUCAUAAACCCCAGGCAGCUCCAGAAGGACCACCACUGUGUAUGGAAGCAGAAAGAAGAGCCCUCUGGGAUAUAAGCAAUUUGCCAGAGAAAGAACCCUCCUGUUGCAAGCUUGAACCUGGAACAGGUGGCUUUGAUGUGCAGGUGGAAGAAUCACCAUUGUUCAGGCAUGGGACUGGGACAGCAGGCGAAGCUGAUUCGUCACAGAGAAGCGAUGGACAGAGUAGUGAAGUAGUAGAACCCACCAUGAUCGAUCUCUCUUCACCUUCACCGGUUAAAGUGGAUAAGAGUAGAAGGAAUGGUAAGAAGCCUGACCAGGACUGUGAGGCUGAUAGCAGUCAGUCUCCAGAACACGAGAGGAAAGCGAGGGAGCUCAGAUUGUUUCUAAACAGUAUAAGAGACGAGCUGUACUAA